AACAAUUUUCAGUCCCCGACGAACAUCUUCAGUGACUGGAUCACGUUUAGAACAGCUUGAGCGCGAGUGUACUAAAAAAGAAAAGUUCUAACCUCUUCAGUGAAGGAAAAAAAAGGUGUUAUUUUUUUUUUAAUUUUAGCAAAGAUCAAACAACCACGGUAAAACGAAACAGUUGAGUGUUCUUCUUAAAAUAAACCAAAGAAACGUUUGUGCGAUUGUCUCUAUGAAAUUGUUUGAAUGAUUUUCUUUUUGGAGUCUCUUCUCUUGCUCUUCCAAAUAUAACUGGUGAUUUUCAUUGUGGAAAAUCCUCGUGAGAGAGCGAGAACGAGUGAAAAUUGUAUGUAGAACAGUGUGUCGAAAAAUUCUUACAUCAUACAUUUUUCCUCGUGAAGUGCAAAAUAUUUCAAUUUUUCAUGUUAUAACCCAUAAUUUUUCAAAAGUAAAAGAGAAAAAAAAACAUAGUGGAAAGUUUGCCAAAACGACGCACCAAGUUCUAUAUCUAUUUUUGGUCACUAAGAGACAUUUUUUUCUUAGUUCAUUUAUUUUCAACAAAUACUUAUGUACAUAGUUAACUAUAUAUAAUACAUAACUUUGACUUUUUUUUCACUCUUCGUCUCUAUGGACUGUUUUUUCUGGUUGUGGCGUGAAAACAGGCCCAGAGUUUGUGGAAAAUUUUCCCACUCAUGACUUUUCCAACCCAAAUAGCUAAAUGCAACCGCAGAAAUUUUCAAAAUGAAAGUGACUCAAGUGUUUUAAUAUCAUUUCAACAGCAUCAUAAGUGAAGAAUUUUCCAAUAUUGUUUACUCAAGAUCAGACGGAAGAGACUUUUUCUUUCCUCCUUACUGACAUUUUUUCUUCAAGAUACUGGCAGCAUUUUUCUUUUAGCACCUCUAUUUUUCCAACAAGAUAGAUAAGAAAAAAUAUUGAGUUUGUGCGUGAAAUUAUUUAAUUGAGUGUACUAAUUCUUGGCAUAAUUUGGAGAGAUAACAGAUCUUUUUUGAAAGAUACCUGAAUGAUUGGUCAGGAUACUGAGACAAGUAAAGAAACACUUUCGCACAUCAAACUGGAUCAAUAUUCAACGGAUAGUAUUCAUCCGUGACCUAUAAUCAAAAAAGGUAAAGGGGUAUUGAGAAAUUCGGAAGAGACAUUUGUGUUGUGAUUAUAUUUUGCGAGUAUAUAAGAGAAAGGUGAAAGAAGAAAAAAAGUGUGAAGUUAAAUAACUGCACGGAUUGUCGCGAUAAUGACCACUAAAUUGCAAGGUGCCCUCAAGAACGGUCACGAAAUGGCGCCACUCAACACCAGAGCACGAGGCGACGGCACGCACGGAGUCACAAUUGUCCUGUCUGCACCACCAAGAAGUUCCAUCGGUUCAGCAGAUGGGGCUGAUGGUGAUCCUGAUAGAGCCGCAUGGUCAGGAAAGAUGCAAUUCUUCCUCAGUAUCAUCGGCUAUUCCGUGGGAUUGGGCAACAUUUGGCGCUUUCCCUAUCUAUGUCAACAGAACGGUGGAGGUGCUUUCCUCAUUCCUUUUUUCAUCAUGUUGGUGCUAGAGGGAAUACCACUGUUCCUCAUUGAACUGGGAAUUGGCCAGAAGAUGCGCCUUGGGUCACUUGGGGUGUGGAAUACUAUACAUCCCUGGCUCGGUGGCAUUGGUAUCUCAUCGUGCAUUGUCACACUCUUCGUGUCGCUGUACUACAACGUCAUCAUAACAUGGUGUUUCUUCUAUCUGUUCAACAGUUUCCGGUAUCCUUUGCCGUGGUCCAGCUGUCCUCAGAUUAACGGUACUGAUGUGGACGAAUGUGCCCGUUCUUCUGAGACAGCUUAUUUUUGGUAUCGUACAACGUUGGAUGCUUCUCCAUCCAUUGAGGAUUCUGGUGGCCUAAAGUGGUGGAUUGUCCUGUGUCUCCUUCUGGCAUGGGUCGUUGUAUUCUUCAUUGUCAUGAAGGGCAUUCAGAGCUCCGGAAAGGUGGUGUACUUCACAUCGCUCUUCCCAUACCUAGUUCUCACCAUCUUCUUUAUUCGGGGGAUCACGUUACGUGGCGCGAGUGCAGGACUCGUCCACAUGUACACGCCGAAGGUGGAAAAGCUCCUGGAGCCAACGGUGUGGUUAGAUGCAGCCACGCAAGUUUUCUAUUCCUUCGGAUUGGCAUUCGGUUCCCUGAUUGCCUUUGGGAGCUACAAUACGCCCAAGAAUAAUUGCGUACGGGACGUUAUCCUUGUGUCCGUAUGCAAUGCCAUUACGGCCAUUUAUGCCAGUGUCGUUAUAUUCUCCAUUUUGGGUUUCAAAGCUACUGCCAAUGUUGAUAGAUGCAUUGAAGUAAAUACAAAGAUUCUGUUUGAGCACAAGCUACUGCCGGAUCGGCAUGUGGACAGGAGCGUCUAUGAUAAGGUUAUGACGACAAUAUCACCAAAUAUGAGCGAAGCAUGGAACUUGGAAGAAUGUAGUUUAUCCCAACAAUUGGACAAUGCCGCUGAAGGUACUGGGUUGGCUUUUAUUGUCUUCACUCAGGCCAUUGUGCAACUUCCAGGAGCACCUUUCUGGGCUGUUAUAUUCUUCAUGAUGCUUCUGUCUUUGGGACUUGGAUCACAGAUUGGAAUGCUCGAAGGAAUGUUUUGUACCAUCUUCGACAUUGACAUUUUCAAGAGGAUCCGCAAACCAUACGUUACAGGGGUUGUUUGUGCCAUAUGCUUUGUAAUUGGAUUAAUUUUCUCUACUGGUGCUGGUGAAUACUGGCUGAAGCUCUUUGAUUCAUUUGCCGGCACUAUUGGACUAGUUGUGAUUGCUCUUUUGGAGAUGAUUGCAGUAAUUUACAUCUAUGGCCAUGAAAAAUUCACCGAAGAUAUCUACCAAAUGACAGGACAUCGUCCAGGUCUCUAUUGGCAGGCUACUUGGCGAUUUAUUGGACCAGGAAUUAUGAUCUGCAUAUUGACCUCUUCGAUCUUCUUCAUGAUUAUGGAUAAUCCAACUUAUAAAGCUUGGAAUGCAGAUAAGGGACUUCCUGAGGAUGCAAAUUUCCCAGGUUGGGUAAUGGCUAUUGCUCUUGCAAUGAUAAUUGCCGGAGUCUUACCCAUGCCGAUAGUUUUCCUCCUUCGACGAUUCCAGAUCCUCAAAGUUGAUCUGGAUAUCCAUCAAGGAUCAAUUCGCCGCAAUGAGACUACAGCAUCAACCAAAGAAAUGAUUGAUGAGGAUGAUAAUGACUACGAUGAUGAUGAUUACAGCGGUCCAGCGAUGGGUGGACGUGUGAAUGACACGGACACAGACGAUGAUGAUGAUCAACCACCAACAAUGAGGCAUUUAAUGCAAAAUCAUUUGAGUGUUCCGAAAAAUAAGUUUAGAAUGAAAAUCGUGGACUAUUGAUAAGUGGGAGAGAUGUUUGUGGAAGACUAAACGGGUGAUGAAUGUAGUAUUAUGUACAUUGACUAUCAAAUCCAAAAUAUGUUUAAUGUACAUAAUGGAUGCAUAAAAAAACAGUGCCAGUGUUAAAUAAUAAGGAAGACAAUUAAGCGUAAAAGAAACAGAUCCAAUUUCUUAAUGGACUAUCGAUGGAUAAAUUCGUUAAUAUGGUAUUAUUCUUAGCGAUUUCCUUUCCACCUCAACAAAACCAACCAUUAAUAGUAAUUCUUUUCGGAUUUUCUCUUAAAACACUUUUUUUACUUCAAAUAACUGUCAAAAAAUGUCAUUCUCAAGAGUGAUUAACCUAACUUUUUAAAUGGUGAUUUCCUUUUCUUUUCAAAUGGCCAAAAAAAAUCUUACAUCAGUUCCGCUUCUAGUCAACAAAUGAAUAAAUAUUUAGAGAUGAAAAAGAAUCUUAUAGCGCUAAAUAUCAUUAAUUUAUAAUCUCGUAUCUAAUUGUAAAGGAACAAAUACAGAAAAAAAUUUACUCACAUUGUAUUUAUUGAAGUAAAUUAUAAUUGAUGAAAAAGAAAAUUGUGAAACAAUGUACGUUGUGUGAUGGCGAUUUUGAUCGAAAGACUUCAAAAGUCUGACUUAGGCAUAAGGAGAUUUAAGAUGGCGGACAAACGGAUUUAAUGUAAAAAAAAAAUGAAAGAGAAAAUUAAAUAUAAAAAAUUAAUCACAAUUCGGAAAUAAGUCACACAUUUUAGUUGAGAGUGAUAAAAAAAUCAAGUAAUUUAUCUACAUAAAAAGUUUCUCAAUUUAAUGAGACUUCCAAAGAAAUUUUUCACAAAUUUAUUAUUUCUUUUAAUUCUUUGAAUAAGGUGAGGUUAUGUCAAUCUCAAUUAUUUCCUUGUACAAAAGUUUCAUAAAUCAUUUUGUCACCACUCUCAGCGGCACCUUCACAGGGCGCCAUUCUCCAAUUCGUCCAAGAACUUACUUAGAAAUAUUGUGAGGUUAUGUUCAAUUUAACCUUAAAAAACCUGAAAUUUAGUAACAAUUUUGAAGUGUUUAUUCAAAUAUUGCUCCAAUCGUUAAUUUAGAAAUUCGAGAAGUGAAUAAAAUACUUUAUUUAGUAUCUGGGAACCAAAUCAGCCUUGACUGACUUUAACAAAAAUGUAAGGAUUCGACUUUUGAUUCGGGCGAUCAAGUCAAAUUCCUGUUUAUUUUGCAGGAUUGUAAAAUAUCUUUGAAUGUUUUUAAUCUUGUUUAGUGUACAUGGAUUAGAUGUGACAAUCGAACUUAUGAUCUGUGCAUCACUACAGUCACAAGAGAACGAUAAGGGAUGUUGACUUGUGGCUUUUGUUGCGUUAUCCAAUAAAAUACAAAAUCCUUCUUUUCCUUGAUUAGAACAACUUUAAACUUCCAUUUUUAAUUAUAAUCCAAAAGCAUAAUCGGAAUCAAUUGUCUAGAAAUAUUGGGCCUGUGCUCAACUAUCCAAAACAGCGCGAAAUAUGCUACUCGACAUACGAGAAAAUAAGGUUUAAGUCAUUCAGGAUAUCAUAAAUUUCCAUUCCAGUUUCCAUUGGAUCGCUUUUGAUUAGAAAAACAAGGUUUAAUUGAAGUUUGUUCAUUAUCAAUCGAAUAAUAGAGGCGUUACAGUUGUAGGGACCUGCUUAUUUGUCACAUAACCUCAAAAGUCAAAUGUACCGAUUUUGAAGAUUUUUAUUUUUGAAGUCAGGCUUUUUUAUUUUUUAUAAUUUUGUCUUGACUAUUCUAAUGCAAGAAUAAUAUUUUUUAGGAAGACACGAUUUUCAUUUUUCGUAAAGAAAAACAAAUGUCUAAAACUAUAUCUAGAUCUAGAUUUUUUGUUGCCGGGAAGAUAUUAAACCAAUUGAUUACUUCAGAAGAUUUUUUAUUUAUGAAAUAAAAGAUGUAAAGCACUUCUUACUAGCUAUAGCGCAGAUUUCAGAUGAUCUGUUAAAUCGAUUGCCCUUAGGAGAUUUUCCUAAAAAUGCUGCUUACUUAAAGAAACUCUAAAAGUUCAAAAGCCAUGUAAUUAAUCGCCAGUUUCAUCGGGGAUGUACUACAAUUUUUUUAAAAGAAUUUUGUAGGACACGAAGCCCUUAGUGGUCUUUAAAUUAGAGGUUUAACCCAAUUUCCGAAGGUCGUAAAUCUUAAAUAGCAACAAGUUUCAUUGGGUUUUCUGAUUAGAAUGAGUAUUUUUCCUUUAACAAUCCAAUCCAAAGUCCAAAUCCUUAGCCAUAUGGCUAAGCCAAGUCUCAAGAUGUAGUACGUUCAAAAUGUUUCACUCGAUCAUUGAGUAAGAAAUAUUGUCCAUGAAACUUGGAAAAACAAAUAUAUUUUAUUAAUAAUCCCUGGUUUUCCAAGGAUACCAGAGAAAAUCAUGAUUCUGCUGAAGAAAUUCUGUCAAUUUUGUCAGAUGAUAAUUCAAUAUGAUUUUGUCGUAACUUGCAUCUAUCAUCUCAAUAAAAAACUAAUUGACAAAAAACCGAAGUUUCAACAAAUUGCACCAAAAAAGUGCUUUUAGAAGUUCAUUUCUAUGAAAUUUUAAAGGUAGGUUAGUUUUUUUUUUAUUGUGGAUUAAUCAAAAACUGUUUUGGGGGUAUGUUCUUAUUAUAUGGCACGUUAAAGGAGUCUGCAACACAAAAUAUGUUUUAAAUUUCAAAGGUUACACUUAACAUAACCCAUAUCUCGUUAAAUUAACCUCUAUGCAAAUAACAUAAAAUUGUUAAUUGAUAAGAUUUCAAUGUAAAAAAUGUAAUUUUCAAUUUUAAUUCGCAAUAAUCGCAAUUCUAGCAGCUGUGAAAAAUCUGCCGUGAUAUUUUCAUUUUGAUUUUCUCACUGGUGAGAGUAUCACUAAAUCUUAGAAUUCACCCCCAGAAUAAGGAAAAACCUAAUAAGGAAAUUAGGAAACUUGAAAAAUAAAUCUUUCUUAAACUUUCAAGAAACUUGUUCAAUCUUUUUGGGUACGCUCGUCCCCAAAAGAACGAAAAGGACACAACGUUCAAUUUUCCCAAUGCCAAUAUUAUCGAUUUUGUGAAUUAAUUUUGCGUGUCAGAGGACUCUUUUACGAUAUUUAUCACUAAACAAGAAGAAUUAUUGACUAGUAUCUUUUGGUAUUCCCGCCAUUUAUUAACGAUGUUUAUUCUUUACUGAUCUAAAAUAUCUCUUUUUAAAAGUAUUAAUGAAAAUCUUGGAAUUUUUACUUUGGAUUUCGUCCAGCGCAAAAUUUAUUUAAAACUUCAUUUUUUUUCAAAGGUGGUAUCAGGUUCCGUUAAGGUACGUCCUAACCUCAUUUAUUUUAUUGGUCUCUUGGACGAGUUAGAGAAUGAAUACAUCAAUUUAAUGACUAAAAUAAAAAUCAGAACAUUAACCAGAAAGAUCAUUAAGUAAAAAAAAAGAAAUUGCUUAAAAAGCUUCUUCUUAUUUUCUUGCAAUAGUUGACCUUUGAGGAGUAUUUUGAUCUGAACAAAAAACCCAAUUACGGUCUUGUAUUUAAACUUGUGAAUAGCACUUAGUUAAGAAAAAAAAGAGGUUUUAUUGAUUAUCCAAAAAGCAAAACAACAAAAAAUAGAAAAUAAAAAAACAACAAAUUUUGUUGUUUUAUAGAAAAUUCUAUUGCAUAAUCCAAAGAGAAAAAAACUCGCCUAGAUCCAAAGUAAAUUUAUUUUAAAUAAUUUAUUUAGAACUGAGAUAGUUGUGAACGGGGAAUGAUUUGGUUUGGUUUAUUUUUUAGUUUUCUUUAGGAUUUGCAGAAAAUAGAAGUAUAGAACAUUUUUAGAAGGAAAUUUCAGUAAUAAUAUGUGUGAUAACAUUGCUCAGAAAUUCAUCAAAUUCACCUUUGAAAGACUUCCCCGUCAUUAGUACAAGUAAUAGCUAUAUUCUUUGCUUCAUAUUUCUACAAAAAACAAAUGAUAAUUAAAAAGAAUAAUAAAAAAAGCAGAAGAACCUACUACACGAGAACUUAUCAAGUUGCACAGGUGAAAACAAAUAAUAUAUAGUGAGUUAUGGUAUAGAGAAGUAACAAUACUUAACGUACCUUGGCUAAGUAUUAUUAGACUUAAAAGGAAAACACCUAUAAAUAAUAAAUUUAAAUAAAAAAAAAGAAAAAUUCUGAAGUGAAGCGAAUUGAGUUUAAAAUUUCACUUUUUGAAUUUUAAUAAUGGGAAAAUUAAUUAAAAAAAGAAGUUACUUUUAGCAAAAAAAAGAAGAGACUCAGAGUCAAUAAAUCUUAUGCAAUUCUUACGUUGAGCUUUCGAAUAGUCUCAAAACGUAGUAAAAGAUUGUGUAUAGUCAUUAAUAUCAAAAGAACAAAAAGAAAAUAAAAAGAAAAAAAAUAUUCACUUAUGCUCGAUUCACUGCUCAGUGAAUCGAUUUUCUAACGACGAAAGCCAAAUUUCAAAAGAAACGAUUAACCCUUAAGUUUAGACGAAUUUGAUAAGUUUAAAGUUUUUUGUAUAAAUUGGUUCUAAUUUAAUAUUUAUUUUUUUAUUUCUAUAAUUAAUAAAAUAAAACAAUAAUUGAAGUUUUCGCAAACCAAAUCACCGAAAUAGCAUGAAAAAAAGAAUAAAAAUCAAGUCAAUUGAAUUUCAUAUUUUCUAACGACUUCAUUUUAUUUAAAAAAUAUAUUUUUUAACAAAUAUUUUUGUUUUUUUUGUAAUAAAAUGUAGAAACAUUUCAGAUUGAUUGCAUUUUUUUAUUUAGAAUUUAGUAAAAUGAUUAAUUUAGCACAAGAUUUUUAAAUGUCGUAAAAGUAUAUUUUUACACUUUAAAAUAAUUUUACCGUUUAAAAAAAUAAUAGAAUUGACGAUACAACAAAAAAAUCAGAGGGCAAAAAAGAAAAUCGAAAAAAAAAAUUACACAUAUUUACCAUUUGAUUUAUUUAGACAAUUAGUAAGGCAUAUUAGGAGACAUUAAAAUGCUGUGAGAAAUUCAUAUGAAUAAAUAUUUAAGGAAUCAGUAAUUGUGUAAAAAUAUUUUGCAAAAAAAAACAAUAUUAGAAAUAUAGACCAGAUGAUAAAAGAAAAUACGGCAAAGAAAUAAGAAUGAAAAAAAACCCGCUGGAUAUAAGAUGAAGUAAAUUUCAAUUUAUAAUCUAUUUUUAGACGAGCUGAAAAAUAUAAUGGAAAUUUAAGGAAAAAAAGAAAAAUGCCAUUGUAGAGAUUGUUGAAGAUAUUGUGUAAAUAAAUAAAAAUAUAUUGACAUGAAGUCGGAGCAAGACAACAAA